AUGGUCGUGGACGUGGACGUGGUCGUGGACGUGGUCGUGGUCCUGGUCGUGGACGUGGUCGUGGACGUGGACGUGGACGUGGACGUGGACGUGGUCGUGGACGUGGACGUAGACGUGGACGUGGACGUGGACGUCGUCGUGGACGUGGACGUGGUCGUGGACGUGGACGUGGACGUGGACGUGGUCAUGGACGUGGACGUGGUCGUGGACGUGGACGUGGACAUGGAGGACGUGGACGUGGACGUGGACGUGGUCGUGGACGUGGACGUGGACGUGGUCGUGGACGUGGACGUGGACGUGGACUUUGACGUGGACUUUUACGUGGACGUGGACGUGGACGUGGACGUGGUCGUGGACAUGGAGGACUUGGACGUGGACAUGGACGUGGACGUGGACGUGGACCUGGAGGUGGUCGUGGACGUGGACGUGGUCGUGGACGUGGACGUGGACAUGGACGUGGACGUGGACGUGGACCUGGACGUGGACGUGGACGUGGACCUGGACUUGGACGUGGACGUGGAUGUGGACGACUUGGAGGUGGACGUGGACGUGGACGUGGUCGUGGAUGUGGACGUGGUCGUGGACGUGGACGUGGACGUGGACUUGGACGUGGACGUGGACGAAGACGUGGACGUGGACGUGGACGUGGACGUGGACUUGGACGUGGACGUGGACGUGGACGUGGACUUGGACGUGGACGUGGACGUGGACGCGGACCUGGACGUGGACGUGGUCGUGGACGUGGUCGUGGUCGUGGACGUGGAGGAUGUGGUCGAGGACGUGGACGUGGAUGUGGACGUGGACCUGGACGUGGACGUGGUCGUGGACGUGGACGUGGAGGUGGACGUGGACCUGGACGUGGACGUGGUCGUGGACGUGGACGCGGACCUGGACGUGGACGUGGUCGUGGACGUGGUCGUGGACGUGGACGUGGACGUGGUUGUGGACAUAGACGUGGACGUGGACGUGGACGUGGAGGAUGUCGACGUGGAGGACGUGGACGUGGACGUGGAGGACGUGGACGUGGACAUGGAGGACUUGGACGUGGACGUGGACGUGGACGUAGACAUCGACGUGGACGUGGUCGUGGACAUGGAGGACUUGGACGUGGACAUGGACGUGGACGUGGAGGAUGUGGACGUGGAGGACGUGGAGGACGUGGACGUGGACGUGGACGUGGAGGACAUGGACGUGGACGUGGACGUAGACGUAGACGUGGACGUGGUCGUGGACAUGGAGGACUUGGACGUGGACGUGGACGUGGACGUGGACGUGGAAGACGUGGACGUGGACGUGGACGUGGACGUGGUCGUGGACGUGGACGUGGACGUGGUCGUGGACGUGGACGUGGAUUUGGACGUGGACGUGGACGUGGACGUGGAGGACGUGGACGUGGACAUGGACGUGGACGUGGACGUGGACGUGGACCUGGAGGUGGACGUGGACGUGGACCUGGAGGUGGUCGUGGACGUGGACCUGGACGUGGACGUCGACGUGGACCUGGACGUGGAGGUGGACGUGGACCUGGACGUGGACGUGGACAUGGAUGUGGACGUGGUCGACGUGGUCGUGGACGUGGACGUGGACGUGGACGUAGUCGUGGUCGUGGACGUGGUCGUAGACGUGGACGUGGUCGUCCACGACGUGGACGUGGACGUAGACGUGGACAUGGACGUGGUCGUGGACGUGGAGGACUUGGACGUGGACGUGGAUGUGGACGUGGACCUGGACGUGGACGUGGACGUGGACGUGGUCGUGGACGUGGACGUGGACGUGGAGGACGUGGACGUGGACGUGGACGUGGUCUUGGACGUGGACGUGGAUGUGGACGUGGUCGUGGACGUGGACGUGGACGUGGUCGUGGACGUAGACGUGGACGUGGACGUCGACUUGGACGUGGACGUGGACGUGGACGUGGACGUGGUCGUGGACGUGGAGGACUUGGACGUGGACAUGGACCUGGACGUGGACGUGGACGUGGACCUGGAGGUGGUCGUGGACGUGGACGUGGUCGUGGACGUGGACCUGGACAUGGACGUGGACGUGGACCUGGACGUGGACGUGGACGUGGACAUGGACUUGGAUGUGGACGUGGAUGUGGACGUGGUCGUCGUGGACGUGGACGUGGACGUGGACGUGUUCGUGGACGUGGACGUGGACGUGGACGUCGUCGUGGACGUGGUCGUGGACGUGGACAUGGACGUGGUCGUGGACGUGGACGUGGUCGUGGACGUGCACGUGGACGUGGUAGUGGACGUGGACGUGGAGGACGUGGACGUGGAGGACGUGGACGUGGACGUGGAGGACGUGGACGUAGACGUGGACGUGGACGUAGACGUCGACGUGGACGUGGUCGUGGACAUGGAGGACUUGGACGUGGACGUGGACGUGGACGUGGAGGAUGUGGACGUGGAGGACGUGGAGGACGUGGACGUGGACGUGGACGUGGAGGACAUGGACGUGGACGUGGACGUAGACGUAGACGUGGACGUGGUCGUGGACAUGGAGGACUUGGACGUGGACGUGGACGUGGACGUGGACGUGGAAGACGUGGACGUGGACGUGGACGUGGACGUGGUCGUGGACGUGGACGUGGACGUGGUCGUGGACGUGGACGUGGAUUUGGACGUGGACGUGGACGUGGACGUGGACGACGUGGACGUGGACAUGGACGUGGACGUGGACGUGGACGUGGACCUGGAGGUGGACGUGGACGUGGACCUGGAGGUGGUCGUGGAUGUGGACCUGGACGUGGACGUCGACGUGGACCUGGACGUGGAGGUGGACGUGGACUUGGACGUGGACGUGGACAUGGAUGUUGACGUGGACGUGGUCGUGGACGUGGACGUGGACGUGGACGUGGACGUAGUCGUGGUCGUGGACGUGGUCGUAGACGUGGACGUGGUCGUCCACGACGUGGACGUGGACGUAGACGUGGACAUGGACGUGGUCGUGGACGUGGAGGACUUGGACGUGGACGUGGAUGUGGACGUGGACCUGGACGUGGACGUGGACGUGGACGUGGUCGUGGACGUGGACGUGGACGUGGAGGACGUGGACGUGGACGUGGUCUUGGACGUGGACGUGGAUGUGGACGUGGUCGUGGACGUGGACGUGGACGUGGUCGUGGACGUAGACGUGGACGUGGACGUGGACUUGGACGUGGACGUGGACGUGGACGUGGACGUGGACGUGGUCGUGGACGUGGAGGACUUGGACGUGGACAUGGACCUGGACGUGGACGUGGACGUGGACCUGGAGGUGGUCGUGGACGUGGACGUGGUCGUGGACGUGGACCUGGACAUGGACGUGGACGUGGACCUGGACGUGGACGUGGACGUGGACAUGGACUUGGAUGUGGACGUGGAUGUGGACGUGGUCGUCGUGGACGUGGACGUGGACGUGGACGUGUUCGUGGACGUGGACGUGGACGUGGACGUGGACGUCGUCGUGGACGUGGUCGUGGACGUGGACAUGGACGUGGUCGUGGACGUGGACGUGGUCGUGGACGUGCACGUGGACGUGGUAGUGGACGUGGACGUGGAGGACGUGGACGUGGAGGACGUGGACGUGGACGUGGAGGACGUGGACGUAGACGUGGACGUGGACGUAGACGUCGACGUGGACGUGGUCGUGGACAUGGAGGACUUGGACGUGGACGUGGACGUGGACGUGGAGGACGUGGAUGUUGAGGAGGUGGACGUGGACGUGGAGGACGUGGACGUGGACGUGGACGUAGACGUGCACGUGGACGUGGUCGUGGACAUGGAGGACUUGGACGUGGACGUGGACGUGGACGUGGACGUGGACGUGGACGUGGAGGACGUGGACGUGGACGUGGACGUGGUCGUGGACGUGGACGUGGAUGUGGUCGUGGACGUGGACGUGGACGUGGACGUGGACUUGGACGUGGACGUGGACGUGGACGUGGACGUGGUCGUGGACGUGGAGGACUUGGACGUGGACAUGGACGUGGACUUGGACGUGGACCUGGAGGUGGUCGUGGACGUGGACGUGGUCGUGGACGUGGACGUGGACCUGGACGUGGACGUGGAUGUGGACCUGGACGUGGACGUGGACGUGGUCCUGGACUUGGACGUGGACGUGGAUGUGGACGUGGUCGACGUGGUCGUGGUCAUGGUCGUGGACGUGGUCGUGGACGUGGUCGUGGACGUCGACGUGGACGUGGACGUGGUCGUGGACGUGGACGUGGACGUGGACGUUGACGUGGUCGUGGAUGUGGUCGUGGUCAUGGUCGUGGACGUGGUCGUGGACGUGGACGUGGACGUGGUCGUGGACGUGGACGUGGACGUGGACGUCGUCGUGGACGUGGACGUGGUCGUGGACAUGGACGUGGACGUGGACGUGGUCGUGGACGUGGACGUGGUCGUGGACGUGGACGUGGACGUGGACGUGGUCGUGGACGUGGACGUGGUCGUGGACGUGGACGUGGACGUGGUUGUGGACGUGGACGUGUUCGUGGAGGACGUGGACGUGGACGUAAACGUGGACGUGGACGUGGUUGUGGACGUGGAGGACUUGGAGGUGGACGUGGACGUGGACGUGGACGUGGUCAUGGACGUGGACGUGGUCGUGGACGUGGACCUGGACGUGGACUUGGACGUGGACGUGGACGUGGACGUGGACGUCGUCGUGGACGUGGACGUGGACGUGGGCGUGGACGUGGACGUGGACUUGGACGUGGACGUGGACGUGGGCGUGGACUUGGACAUGGACGUGGACGUGGACCUGGACGUGCACGUGGUCGUGGACGUGGACGCGGACCUGGACCUGGACGUGGUCGUGGACGUGGUCGUGGUCGUGGACGUGGACGUGGACGUGGAGGUGGAGGUGGACCUGGAUGUGGACGUGGUCGUGGACGUGGACGCGGACCUGGACGUGGACCUGGUCGUGGACGUGGUCGUGGUCGUGGACGUGGAGGACGUGGUCGUGGACGUGGACGUGGACAUGGACGUGGUCGUGGUCGUGGACGUGGUCGUAGACGUGGACGUGGUCGUGGACGUGGACGUGGACUUGGACGUGGACGUGGACGUGGACGUGGACUUGGACGUGGACGUGGACGUGGACGCGGACCUGGACGUGGACGUGGUCGUGGACGUGGUCGUGGUCGUGGACGUGGAGGACGUGGUCGAGGACGUGGACGUGGAUGUGGACGUGGACCUGGACGUGGACGUGGUCGUGGACGUGGACGUGGAGGUGGACGUGGACCUGGACGUGGACGUGGUCGUGGACGUGGACGCGGACCUGGACGUGGACGUGGUCGUGGACGUGGUCGUGGACGUGGACGUGGACGUGGUUGUGGACAUAGACGUUGACGUGGACGUGGACGUGGAGGAUGUCGACGUGGAGGACGUGGACGUGGAGGACGUGGACGUGGACAUGGAGGACUUGGACGUGGACGUGGACGUGGACGUGGAGGACGUGGACGUGGACAUGGAGGACUUGGACGUGGACGUGGACGUGGACGUAGACAUCGACGUGGACGUGGUCGUGGACAUGGAGGACUUGGACGUGGACGUGGACGUGGAGGAUGUGGACGUGGAGGACGUGGAGGACGUGGACGUGGACGUGGACGUGGAGGACAUGGACGUGGACGUGGACGUAGACGUAGACGUGGACGUGGUCGUGGACAUGGAGGACUUGGACGUGGACGUGGACGUGGACGUGGACGUGGAAGACGUGGACGUGGACGUGGACGUGGACGUGGUCGUGGACGUGGACGUGGACGUGGUCGUGGACGUGGACGUGGAUUUGGACGUGGACGUGGACGUGGACGUGGAGGACGUGGACGUGGACAUGGACGUGGACGUGGACGUGGACGUGGACCUGGAGGUGGUCGUGGACGUGGACCUGGACGUGGACGUCGACGUGGACCUGGACGUGGAGGUGGACGUGGACCUGGACGUGGACGUGGACAUGGAUGUGGACGUGGUCGACGUGGUCGUGGACGUGGACGUGGACGUGGACGUAGUCGUGGUCGUGGACGUGGUCGUAGACGUGGACGUGGUCGUCCACGACGUGGACGUGGACGUGGACGUGGACAUGGACGUGGUCGUGGACGUGGAGGACUUGGACGUGGACGUGGAUGUGGACGUGGACCUGGACGUGGACGUGGACGUGGUCGUGGACGUGGACGUGGACGUGGACGUGGAGGACGUGGACGUGGACGUGGACGUGGUCUUGGACGUGGACGUGGAUGUGGACGUGGUCGUGGACGUGGACGUGGACGUGGUCGUGGACGUAGACGUGGACGUGGACGUGGACUUGGACGUGGACGUGGACGUGGACGUGGUCGUGGACGUGGAGGACUUGGACGUGGACAUGGACCUGGACGUGGACGUGGACGUGGACCUGGAGGUGGUCGUUGACGUGGACGUGGUCGUGGACGUGGACCUGGACAUGGACGUGGACGUGGACCUGGACGUGGACGUGGACGUGGACAUGGACUUGGAUGUGGACGUGGAUGUGGACGUGGUCGUCGUGGACGUGGACGUGGACGUGGACGUGUUCGUGGACGUGGACGUGGACGUGGACGUGGACGUCGUCGUGGACGUGGUCGUGGACGUGGACAUGGACGUGGUCGUGGACGUGGACGUGGUGGUGGACGUGCACGUGGACGUGGUAGUGGACGUGGACGUGGAGGACGUGGACGUGGAGGACGUGGACGUGGACGUGGAGGACGUGGACGUAGACGUGGACGUGGACGUAGACGUCGACGUGGACGUGGUCGUGGACAUGGAGGACUUGGACGUGGACGUGGACGUGGACGUGGAGGACGUGGAUGUUGAGGAGGUGGACGUGGACGUGGAGGACGUGGACGUGGACGUGGACGUAGACGUGCACGUGGACGUGGUCGUGGACAUGGAGGACUUGGACGUGGACGUGGACGUGGACGUGGACGUGGACGUGGAGGACGUGGACGUGGACGUGGACGUGGUCGUGGACUUGGACGUGGAUGUGGUCGUGGACGUGGACGUGGACGUGGACGUGGACGUGGACUUGGACGUGGACGUGGACGUGGACGUGGACGUGGUCGUGGACGUGGAGGACUUGGACGUGGACAUGGACGUGGACUUGGACGUGGACCUGGAGGUGGUCGUGGACGUGGACGUGGUCGUGGACGUGGACGUGGACCUGGACGUGGACGUGGAUGUGGACCUGGACGUGGACGUGGACGUGGUCCUGGACUUGGACGUGGACGUGGAUGUGGACGUGGUCGACGUGGACGUGGACGUAAACGUGGACGUGGACGUGGUUGUGGACGUGGAGGACUUGGAGGUGGACGUGGACGUGGACGUGGACGUGGUCAUGGACGUGGACGUGGUCGUGGACGUGGACCUGGACGUGGACUUGGACGUGGACGUGGACGUGGACGUGGACGUCGUCGUGGACGUGGACGUGGGCGUGGACGUGGACGUGGACUUGGACGUGGACGUGGACGUGGGCGUGGACUUGGACAUGGACGUGGACGUGGACCUGGACGUGCACGUGGUCGUGGACGUGGACGCGGACCUGGACGUGGACGUGGUCGUGGACGUGGUCGUGGACGUGGACGUGGACGUGGACGUGGAGGUGGAGGUGGACCUGGAUGUGGACGUGGUCGUGGACGUGGACGCGGACCUGGACGUGGACCUGGUCGUGGACGUGGUCGUGGUCGUGGACGUGGAGGACGUGGUCGUGGACGUGGACGUGGACAUGGACGUGGUCGUGGUCGUGGACGUGGUCGUAGACGUGGACGUGGUCGUGGACGUGGACGUGGACUUGGACGUGGACGUGGACGUGGACGUGGACUUGGACGUGGACGUGGACGUGGACGCGGACCUGGACGUGGACGUGGUCGUGGACGUGGUCGUGGUCGUGGAUGUGGAGGACGUGGUCGAGGACGUGGACGUUGACGUGGACGUGGACGUGGACGUAGACGUGGACGUGGUCGUGGACAUUGAGGACUUGGACGUGGACGUGGACGUGGACGUGGACGUGGACGUGGUCGUGGACGUGGACCUGGACGUGGAGGACGUGGACGUGGACGUGGUCGUGGACGUGGACGUGGACGUGGACAUGAACGUGGACGUGGUCGUGGACGUGGUCAUGGACGUGGACCUGGACGUGGACGUGGUGGAGGACGUGGAGGUGGACGUGGACGUGGACGCGGACGUGGUCGUGGACGUGGACGCGGACGUGGACCUGGACUUGGACGUGGACGUGGACGUGGUCGUGGACGUGGACGUGGUCAUGGACGUGGUCGAGGACGUGGACGUGGAUGUGGACGUGGACGUGGACGUGGUCGUGGACGUGGACGUGGAUGUUGACGUUGACGUGGACGUUGACGUGGUCGUGGACGUGGAGGACUUGGACUUGGACGUGGAGGACUUGGACGUGGACGUGGAGGACAUGGACGUGGACGUGGUCGUGGACGUGGUCAUGGACGUGGACCUGGACGUGGACAUGGACGUGGACGUGGACGUGGUGGAGGACGUGGACAUGGACGUGGAGGACUUCAACGUGGACGUGGACGUGGACGCGGACGUGCUAGUGGACGUGGACGCGGACGUGGCCCUGGACUUGGACGUGGACGUGGACGUGGUCGUGGACGUGGACGUGGACGUGGUGGUGGACGUGGUCGUGGACGUGCACGUGAUCGUCUACGACGUGGACUUGGACGUGGACGUGGACGUGGACGUGGACGUGGACAUGGACGUGGUCGUGGACGUGGAGGACUUGGACGUGGACGUGGACGUGGACGUGGUCCUGGACGUGGACGUGGACGUGGACGUGGACUUGGACGUGGACGUGGACGUGGUCGUGGAGGGUUUAGGGUUUAUGGUUUACGUCCCUAAACCCUAA